CGUUGUCGUGAACUUUUUUUCCUCCAUCAAUUGAAUAUAUACCUUUGCAGGGUUGCUUUGCCACACUGCCGUGAUACAUUAUUCUUGGAACGCCUCCUAAUUAAUGUUUAAAAGCUGAAAUUCGAUCUUUUUACGAUGACAGUAAUAUUCUGAACUUCUCAGUCUAAAACUGCCGAGCGGUGGUCAGGCGGUGUGCGGGAGGAAGGCGAGAUAAGAUAUACCAAGGAUGAGAACGUCCAAGCCCAGAAUUAUGCUGAAUUUCGUCUUGCUUCUGCUUCUGGUGCGACCAGUUCCAUGUCUGCCAGCGAAACCCGAGCCUGAUGACGAGAAACACGAAGUUAACGUUACAGACUCGAGAGACCGUGCUGAGGUCCACAGCCGUGAGCUGAACAGAACCUUCCGAACCAGUCUUGGUCCGGACAGCAGGAACGAAGCGGAUAACCAACUGCACGAAACCCUUGAGGCCGGAGAAGCCAAUGUAGAUGAAGGACAUAAGAGUGCCUCUCAUAUCGUGGGCAAAACUAUUGACGGCAGUGUACCCAGUAGAAUGAUAGAAAACCGGACGCUGACCGCACCUAAAAAAGAGCUAGACACAUCAGAACGAAGCGAAUGGUCUGGUUGGGCCAUGGCGGACGCUCCCGCAUUACCUGAUGUUCAAGACAGAGAAGAGAAAUACAACAGAAACAGGAGGAGAAAAUCUACCAGUGACAAUUUCGGCCCAGGCUAUGGGUGGAAAUCAGAUAUUGUUCACAGCACCUCUUUUGGAAAAGAAGUCAGUGGAGACAAUAUAGUGGAUAAAGGUCGAACACUAAUGUUACUGGACAGAGAAACAGACGCCUCUGGUGAGAAGAAAACUGCAGUGGAAGUUCAACUAUGCCAAUACAUCGGGCUCCCGAUUGGCUUCGCAAUUGUACUUGCUGCAUGUGCGUGGCUCACACGAUGUUGGGAUAGAUGGUGGAAUAGACGGCAUGGUUACGAACCUGUGGACGGCGAAAAUGUGCAGUAUAAUCUCGAUGCAGAGCAACUUUCAAUUCCAGGACUUGGAGGAGCUACUGUCAGCAGCGAACAAUACCAGGACCCUGGAGGGCUCUUUCAAGGAGAUGGCGCUCAAACGCAACCGACGGACGAGGAUCCCGGACAAGCCCAACGACAGCCUCAACCUCUGGAGCAUGCCCAUGCCGAACUUCCAGGGAGUGCCAAUGGUCCUCAAGACUUUCGCCAAGACUCACUUGUAGAUCAGGAGCAAUUCCAAGAUGUUGAACAGUUGCACAAGUGUCACCUUCGAGAUCAGAAUAAGCAUUGGAAAGGCACGGAGAAUGAACGAAGCAUAUUAACUGUGACACGAAACUUUGAUGAUUUCUACAUUGAUUUAUGCGUUAUUGCCACAGCACGGGAGCGGUUGUUUAUUGAAGACAAUGUGAUGCAGGAAAAAAUUGAGCAAAAUAUUCAAGUUGAGUUCCAUCAAUUGUUCAGAAGUGGCAAAUCCUUGACAAACAAUACGACAAUCACUGUGGUAUGCGGGGCUGCUGGGACUGGGAAAAGCACCAUGGUACAGAAAGUCAUCCACGACUGGUCCACGGGGACUAUGUACAAACAAUUUAAGUUUGUCUUCUAUUUCCCAGUUCGAAAAUUAAAUGCAAUCAAACGUAAAACGAAUUUAAACACGUUGAUCCUUGAUGCCUAUCCUCACUUCAGAAGUAAUCUCGAAAACCUGUGGGAAGAAACUAAUAAUAUAUUGUUUAUACUUGACGAUUUUGAUCGAUUUGAGGGAAUCGGUUAUUAUCAGGACGAGGUGAAGAAAGAGAACCCACAGCAAAAGUGCUUGGAACCGCAAUCUGUUUGUUUAGUGUCCGAUAUUGUACAUUCCCUCUUGCAGGGAGACUUGCUGAAGGGAUGCUCGUUGCUGAUCACAACCCGGCCGUGGAACCUCGAGACUCUGCUCGAGGCACCGAUAGAUUCAACAUUCCAAAUCAUCGGGUUCACCGCUGAUCAAGUAAAACAAUAUUUUAAUCGUUAUUUUCGAGAUGGGUUACAAGCAGAAUAUGUGAUCACUCUCAUUCUACAGAGUGACAUAUUGCGCAACAUGUGCCGUAACCCUUUAUUCUGUUCGGCUCUCUGUUCCUCACUGAAGUCACAACAAAUACAAGGAGAGAGUUCAACGUGUGUCAUACACAACUCUUUGGUGUUCUCCAGCUUUUUUGCACUCCUUCUGGAGAGGGCUGGUUAUAAUGUGAAAACCUCCCGAAAUAGCUUCUGCAAACUGGGCGAGUUAGCCUAUACGGGAAUUGGUAAAAAACAGUUUUCGUUUAAAUCGGACAAAUUAAGUGAUCUGAAUUUAUAUCUUCCCAAUCUUGCGUCAACAUUUAUGUAUCAAGUUCAGGACAGUGAUAGGACUGCUUCUCUCUAUAAAUUCGCGCAUUCCUUUAUUCAGGACUUCGUUGCUGCAGUUAGUAAACGACUACGUACCCCAGGAAUUGAAUUGCAAAGAACAUUAGACGAGAAGUUCAUGUCCAGCGAUGACAGAUGGGUUAUAUUUUCACGUUUUCUUGUCGGCCUUUGUUCAGGGAAAUCAAAUGAUCUUCUAGAGGGGCUACUGGGCAAAUUUACUUCUGAUGUAUCACUGCGCAUCUCCGAUUGGUUGUCAGAAACGAUCAAAAGGCGCAUCGAGAAUCUGGAGGGAACGUAUACCCAGAACACCUUCUUAAACAUUUUACACUUUCUAUUCGAAUUUGGAGACAUGCAACUAACGAAGAAUAUCUUGACAGCGAUACCGGCAAUAAAGUUUAAUCAAUGCGUUCUCAGACCUUCCGACUGCACGGUGAUAUCCAGCACAUUAACCUGCUCUGAAAGAGUUACAGAAAUGGAUCUCAAUUCAUGCCAUUUACAACUGGAAGGAAUCCAACAACUGGAACCCGUUCUCCACAAAUGUGAAAUUCUCAGACUCAAUGGAAAUGAUCUGAAAGAUGCUGGGGUGAAGUUUCUUUCUGAAGUUCUGAAGAGAAGCGAUUGCAAUGUGCAAAGACUCGAACUCAAUGGAAAUGACCUGAGAGAUGCUGGGGUGAAGUUUAUUUCUGAAGUUCUGAAGAGAAGUGAUUGCAACGUGCAAAUACUGGAGCUUAAAUCCAACAAGCUCACAGAUGACUGUCUGGAAGGUUUGUUCUCAACGCUCGCUAGAAAUCGUUCACUGACGAGGCUGGACCUGAGCAAUUCCACAGAGCAAGAGGAGGAGGCCAACCGACUCACCGAUCACAUGCUGCAUAAUGUUAUACAAAGCAGUGAUCUGAAGAAGAAAAUCAGACUGAUUCGCUCUCGAGAUUUUGAACAAAAUACUUCAAAGGAUGAAACUGAGUUGAAUGUUUUAACUGUAAUCACAGAAUGAGGACAGAUGAUCAGCCUGGUAAACGGGCCUGUAAGGGACAAGGUACCGAUUGCCACACACAUCUAGAUGAUUUAGUAGUCAACAGAAGAUGUUCUGCAGGUGUUCGAAAUAUAAAUCAACAAACGCAAAAUAAGGAAGGAUCUCGCUAGUCAGGCGGCAGCUAUGAAGGGCAAUGAAGGGUCGACUUUUCAUGCCAGAGCCUUCAUUUGGACUAAACAAGAACGAGGUAAGAAGCCAGCGAGAUGGAACUUAAUCUGAUAUUCAGGAACGUCUUCAUAAUCUAGUAAACGUAAAGAUUGGCAACAUUCAAGAUAAUCAACAAAUUAAAAUGAAACGCUGAAAUAACGUCGAAAACAAGGGAAAGGAACACAAUUCAAAAGAUCCAAACUGCAGUCCGCUAUGGUUACCGACUCCAACCCUACGUGAUGAGGAGCAGGUUAUAGCUUACUUUGCAAUUUGCAUUCAUGCACAACCUAUCGAUCCAAUCCGGACAUAGCAAUGUAAUAAACUUUCCUGCUGUCAUAUCGUUCCCAGAAAUAGUAAUAACAACCAUUACUGCUAUCAUAAUGUGCCCGGAUAUUUUUCUAACCCUGGCUGAGAAUAUCUUGCAGACUUCUUAUCAAACUAUACCGUGGUUGCAAAGAACCAGGUGACAUGUAAGCAUCUCAGCAGAUAAAAUGUCAGUGCAUUGUUCACGUUACCUUAAGUUACCUCAUUUUACUGAAAGUUGCCUUAUCUGCGGUUGUGUUUGGUUACGAAAUGGCCUAUCCCUAUGUCUAUACCGGCAGAACAAAACCUUAAUAAAGGUAAAUUGCAGAUUUUGUGAAAGUUAUGUAGAUUACUCGGUUUAGUGCUUCUUCCACUUACAAUAUUGUUAUGCAAUUAUUUCGAAAUAGAAUGAAUAUCUGUAUAGAGUAUCCUGAUUUUGUUUCUAAUCCCAAACGAAGGAAUGACCUACGUGCUCAGUCAUUCAUUGCCAUGCUCACUAAUUUUGGAAAUAUCAUUUCACCUGUAUCGGGAGGGCAUAUUAUUGACUCUGCGCGAGUUCCAUGAGCGUAACUCUUUCCAUGUGAAAGCUAAAAAGAUAACCAACUGUUUUAUUUUUCGGAAACAGCUGUUAACGUGUGUAGCGGACUUCAAAGUGUGGCGAUUAAUCCUGAUGUCUCUCUGUACAGACAAAGCAGAAUAUACCUCGACUUAAGAUACUAGAAAAUAGACUGCCCGCCCUUUUGUUCUACUUUUUGGGGAAAAUCCCCUUCAGUCUUCCCCCAUUUCCAAGAUACCCAUAUUCUUAUCAGUAAAAGGGGAACACAAAUGGGGAAAGAUAUGGGUAGGAAUGUCUUACAUUGUUUACUUUAUCUUCUGUUGUGUUAAUUGUAGCCAUUGUUUAC